CUGGAGCGUCUAGGGGGGUGGGUGUCGCCGUCGUCAGCAACCUUAGACUCUCAGGAGUGCUUGGGGGAAUGGAGGGGCGUCCACAUCCAUAUCCAUGCUGCCUACCUGCUGUUCGACUUGUAUUCACAAGGCGGCUGCGGAAACCGCCUCGCACAGUUGCUGCAUGGCUGGCCUUGGUUACACUAUACAUUAGGUACGUAUUAUUAGCAUCCAAAACUUCUCGUCUCUUCUUUCUUGCCAUACAGAUAUAUCCGUCCUCUGCCAGCCAUACCUUUUGUUUCCUCCUCCUGCACUCACCACACGACGUGGUUAUUCUCUCAGUACGCGAGGCCCGUGGAACAGGAAUAUGCAGAGCUUCGGACAUUCUUCCGGUCUGCACAACGACGAGAGGUUGACGGAGUAUCGAUAGGCUUAGUAGUCAGUUGUAGGGCUGACUUAUACGUCGU